GCAUCAUCCAUUAGCCAUGGCAGAAGAAUUUAAAGAAAUUGGACCUGGGGUAGAAAUUCGUGAACCCACCAAAGAGAAGAAAGAUGGAGAAGGAGGAGGACUAAAGCUCAAAAGAGAAGUCGGUCUGAUCAGUGGUAUCACGCUUAUCAUUGGUACUAUGAUCGGAUCAGGAAUCUUCAUUUCACCGAAAGGUGUUCUACUCGGUUCUGGAUCCAUUGGCUUAACUCUGCUUGUAUGGGCUGGUUGCGGUCUCAUCGCUCUCGGUGGAUCUAUUUCCUAUGUCGAAUUAGGUACUUCUAUCCGCAUGUCAGGAGCAGAAUACGCUUAUAUCCUGAAAGGGAUGGGCGAAUUGCCUGCAUUUCUUUUCGCUUGGACGUCCGUCAUCAUCCUCAAGCCAUCGUCAGUAGCGGCUAUCGCCGUAGCCUUCGCUGAAUACGCUACUCAACCUUUCUUUCCUGGCUGCACGCCUCCUGCACCAAUUAUGAAAUUGUUAGCUGUCUUUUGUAUCGCAAUUAUCCUAGGCGUUAACUGUUACAGUGUUAGAUGGGCUACUAAAUUGCAGGAUAUCUUUACGGCUGCUAAACUUGUUGCAGUAUUCGGAUUAGUUAUCAUUGGUAUUGCUGAACUUGCACGAGGAAAUACUAAAAACUAUGCCAACAGUUGGGAAGGCUCUGAAACUAACGUUGGUGUGGUUGCACUGGCUUUUUAUCAAGGUUUAUGGGCAUAUGAUGGAUGGAAUAACCUGAAUUUCGCUACCGAAGAAGUUAAGAAGCCAGAAAAGAACUUGCCUAGAGCUAUUUUAAUCGGCAUACCAUUGGUUACCGUUAUUUAUAUCCUAGUUAAUAUUUGUUACUUCACCGUUCUUACAAGACAAGAUAUUUUAGAUUCUGCAGCCGUUGCCUCGACUGUUGCUGCCCGUGUUAUUGGAAAUGUACCAUGGUUGGUUCCCAUGUUUGUCGCAUUUUCUACCUUUGGUGCCUGUAACGGUAGUGCUUUCGGUGGUUGCAGACUGAACUUUGUGGCUGCUAGAGAGGGUCAUUUACCAAGAUUGAUGUCUAUGAUUCAUAGAACUAGACUUACUCCUAUGCCUGCAAUGAUCUUCCAGUGUUUCGUUGCGAUCUUGUUCCUGAUUCCAAGCGACUUUGAAACCCUAAUCAAUUAUUUCAGUUUUGCUGCAUGGCUAUUUUAUGGAGCAACUUUCAUAACUUUAUUAUUACUAAGAUGGAAACAACCAGACCUUCAUCGACCCUUCAAAGUUUGGAUUAUUAUCCCAAUCUUGAUGGUUCUAAUCUCUGCUUACUUGGUUAUUGCUCCUAUCGUUCAAGCUCCAACUGACUCGUUAAUUGCUGCUGCAUUUAUUGCUGUUGGAAUCCCGUUGUACUUCGUUUUUAUCAAAGGAUACUAUGCACCUCAGUUUAUGAUAGAUGCUACUGAAAGUGCAACGUUGUACUUCCAACGAUUAUGCCUCCUUGGUGAAACUGAAACCAGUGUAGAAGUUAUGGAUCACACCAACACCGAAGAGGCAUUUUAAUGUGAUCCAUUUAAAGUGAUGUUUAUAUCAAUUAC